CACACACACAGAUCACUUGUGCAUCUCUCUCUGACUCUCUAAAGUCUGUGUUUGAAGUUUGGACUCAUCUCACUCUUGUGCAGUUCUGGAAUUCAGCCCUCUUCAUGUUCUCUGAAAACACAAACAUCUGGAUGAUGUUUCACCACUUCACAAACUGAGACACUCACUCAUAUAUGAAACAUCAGUCACAUGACCCAGGCUUAUCAGGACCCAUCUGUGGUCUGAUCUGGCCUGCAGCUCAUCUGAUGAGUCUGGGAUAGACGGCGUGUUCCUCAGGAGCUCCUCAGCAGCAGCAGCUUUAGCUCUGAUGAUGAUGAGAUCAAACCUCAUCUGCAAACAGGAAGUAAAACAGGAAGCUGACCAUAUUUGGUUUUGUCUUCAGGAGAGGAUCCGAUAUCUCAGACAGCAGAUCCUGGAUCAGAGGAGGAGUCUGAUGAGAGUCCUGAGGAGCUCUGCAGGCAGGGUCAGAGCUGACCGAGGAGGAGCAGGAGGAGGAGGAGCAGGAGGAGGAGGAAGAAGAGGAGAAGCAGGAAGAGGAGGAGGAGAAGGAAGAGGAGAAGAAGGAGGAGGGGGAGGAGGAGGAAGUUGUCUCCAGGCUCUCCCGCUGAGGUACAGACCUUCAUCAGCAGACUGAGGUUUGAGUUGAGCCCCUAUGAUGGAGUUCAGCACCACGACUGUCCCUUAGACUGCAUGCUCUGUCUCAUCACUGUCUCAUUUCAGUCUCAUCUUUGUCUCAUCUGUGUCUCAUAUCUGCCUCAUCAGUGUCUCAUUUCUGUCUAAUCUCUGCCUCAUCUCUGUCUCAUCUCUAUCUCAUCUUGGUCUCAUUUCUGUCUUAUCACAGUCUCAUCUCUGCCUCAUAUUUGUCUCAUCUCUGGCUCAUCUUUGCCUCAUCAGUGUCUCAUUUCUGUCUUAUUUCUGUCUCAAUCUGCCUCAUCAGUGUCUCAUUUCUGUCUCAUCACUGUCUCAUCUCUGCCUUACAUUUGUCUCAUCUCUGUCUCAUAUCUGCCUCAUCAGUGUCUCAUAUCUGUCUCAUAUCUGCCUCAUCAGUGUCAGUGAUGACUUAGAGAUAUUCUCCAAAGAUGUUAUUGUGUUAUUCAACUGUCAGUUGUGUGGCGGUGGUUCAGGUAUCUCAAAAGUGACGUCAAGCAAUUAAGCCAAUGUGCAAGGUAUGUCGGCGAUCCGUGCCCUCAAAAACCAACCACACAACAAAUCUGUUUCAUUAUUUGAAGAAGUACUUUCCAAGUGAUUAUGUGGAAAGCAUGAAAAUGUGAGUGGAGUCUGCACACCCUGACACUGCUGACGGCACGAGUGGCAGUAGCAGUUUAGCCACAACUAGUGGUGCAGCCACCAGACCAAUGCAGCAAUCAAUCAUAUCAUCUAAUGUUUACAUUUCAAGGCAUCUUCAUUAUCUCUGAGGGGGCGAUUUGUUUAUUUUGGGUCUUGCAUACCUGCAAAAACACUCAGGACUGUAAACUAACUCACUGUAUUAUUUAGUAUUAUCUACAUUUGUUGUACUGUUGAGUUAAAAUGGUUUUUAUAUUUUUCUAAAUGUAUAUUAUUCAGUUUGCUUUGUCAUUUACUUUGUAUGUUAAUAAAAUGUUAACCUAAUAUCUAGUGUCUUUAGUAAAAAUGCCUUAAAACUGGCAGUAAAAAAAAAAUAUCAUGAUAAUAAUCGAGAUCGGACGAUAUGACAAAAUAUAUCGUGAUCAUUCUUUUUUGCAAAAUCGCAGAGGCCUACCUCAGACCAGUUCAGGCUGAGGGUCCCAGACCGGCUCUGUGUAUGUUAGCCGCUAUGUUCUCUGUUUACUCAGUUGAUUGUUUCUGUUCAACCCACUCCUCUUUCCUGGGUCUGAGUUUGUUCUGUCUCUUUGUUGUUGAAGCUGCAUUGGUUCUGCAGACUCAUGAUGAGACCCAGAGCAGAUCAGUUUCUCUUUAACCAACCAGAGUGGAUCAGUACCUCGUUGACUAAUCAGAGCAGAUCAGAAUCUCUUUGACCAAUCAGAGCGGAUUAGUACCUCUUUGACCAAUCAGAGCGGGUCAUUAAUUCUGUGAUUCUGGUGGAGUUUUUUUUCUCAGUCUGAAACCUGAUCCUCCUCCUCCUUGGGUCUGACACAGAUCCAGACUCAGACCUGAACCUCGUCCCGCACAGGACCCUUCCUCUAGAUCCUUGUGGAUGUCUUCUGAUGUGUUCCUCAGGUUACCUGAAGGUGUUCACCUGUCUCACCUUUUGAGUCUGUCUUCACUGACCUGUCUGAACUGUGGAGAAGAAGUGAGACAGGACAAAGACAACAUGGUGGUCUGUGAUGUCCCUCAGUGUCCAGGUAGAAACACACAUUACAUCAGAUUCUACUAGAUUCUACUAGAUUAUAUCGGAUUAUAUUAGAUAUAUCAGAUUAUAUUAAAUUAUAUUAAAUUAUAUCAGAUUCACUGUGUAGAAACUUGAUUCAUCCACCAGAGUCAGAGCAGAGAAUUCAUAGAUUGUUACCGCGUACGCGCCUGAGUGAGUGAGUGCGUGCGUGCGUGCGUGCGUGAGUGAGUGUGUUGAGGGAGUGUCCUUCAGCUCUUGUUGACUCAGCUGUAUUCAGACAGAUAACAGUAACUGAAGCAGGUUAACCCUUUAGUUUUCUGAAGCCUCGAUCUCAGUGACGUAGGCUCAGGUCUGCUGGAACUUUCAGACAGUUCCACCAAAGUCCAAACUGUGACUGUGAGAAAGGCCAGAGUACCGCCAGGAACUUUUAACAUCGUCAUUUUACAGAGACACUCUGAGAUCUAAAUACAGGACAGACUGAAGAACUGUGACUAUAACACUGAGAAUACACCUGUAAACACUGCAGUACUUCUAUAAUACUGCAGUACUUACGUAGUACUGCAGUACUUCUAUAAUACUGCAGUACUUCUAUCAGUAGGAGUUUCAUCCCAACAGCCAUCGCCGCAGUAAACAAGCUCAAACUGCCUCUCCGCUAGGAUGGUCUCUUGGUAUUCUGGGGGGGUUCUCAUGGCCUGUCCUUGUAAUAUGUUUUGUGUCAUAUGGUAUGUGUUGUCUGUACUCGUGUUUUGUGUUAGAAUAAGACCUGUGAAAGCAAAUUUCCCCCUGGGGACAAUAAAGAUUAUUAUUAUUAUUAUUACUGAAGUACUUCUGUAAUACUGCAGUACUUGUAUAAUACUGCAGUAUUAUAGAAUAAGAAUAAGAAUAAUCUCUGUCUCUGUUUCGUCUCUGUUUCUGUCUCUGUCCUGAUGAUCGCCCACUAGCUCUCCUGUUUUUUCAGGCAUGUUCUGUCGGCCAUGUUUCCACGCUUUAGGAAACAACUGUGUCAUCUGUGCCCGACCUCUGACCAUUCGGGAAGACGGCGAGGAGGAGGAGGAGCUGUGAGUGUGAAUGUUGAUGUGCACAGUUAGCAGCUGUUUUUUUUAUUGACUGUGAGAAACUUUGUAAAGACUGAUACAGCUACGAACAUGAGAAGAUGAAGAUGAACAUCUCAGACAUGAUGGGGGGGGGGGGAAUUGUUUGUCCUCAGGAAAAACUGGACCCCCCGCUGACCUUCAGAAGGUCACUGAUGGUUUUAGUGGUCCAAACUAAGGGGGCAGUUUUUGUUGUUUCAGAGACUCCAGUGAUGAGGAACAGAACCAGGAGGAGCUCAGGUAGGACCAUGGCCCUGGUCCCUGAGGAGGUC